GGUGUUUACAUCGCGUUUGCUCCGCCCCUCAAAUGGGCGAUCGUGUAUCUGUGUGAAAAGAACAGCAAAAUAAAAGGAAGGGACAUUCUGUGUUAAUUUGAGGUGCUUAAUCGAUUGGAUUCUUAUUAAGUUUAUUACAGAGAUAGACUGUAGAAUAUUCUAAACAAAGUCUGGUGUUUUUAGUUUGGUCGUAAUUAUAGGUAGCUGUCUUUAUUUUUUUUGGACAAUCGUAGGAUUAAAAAAAACGCAUUUUGCUUGUCCUUUUUCUUCAGCCUAAUCUCGGCAUCUGAUUUGGGUAAGCAAGCCUGUGUAUCGAGGUAGGGCCACGAUGAACUGCCGCUCGGAGGUGCUGGAGGUGUCGGUGGAAAGUCGGCAGGUGGACGAGGCCAUGCUGGCUCUGCUCCACACGAUCCUCUUGCACCGCAGCACCGGCAAAUUCCACUACAAGAAAGAGGGGACCUACUCCAUCGGUACCGUGGGGAGCCAGGACAUCGACUGCGACUACAUCGACUUCGCCUUCGUGAGGGUCUCCUCCGAGGAGCUUGACAGGGCGAUGAGGAAAUCGGUUGGGGAAUUCAAGGAUGCUUUAUGCAACUCUGGCAGUGACGGCGUGGGGCAGAUAUCUCUGGAGUUCUACCAGAAGAAGAAGUCCCGCUGGCCCUUCUCGGACGAGUGCAUUCCCUGGGAGGUGUGGAGCAUCAAGGUGAACGUUGUCAGCCUGGCCAACGAGCAGGAGCGGCAGAUCUGCCGGGAGAAGGUGGGCGAGAAGCUGGGGGAGAAGGUCAUCAACAUUGUGGAGGUGAUCAACAGGCACGAGUACCUGCCCAAGAUGCCCACGCAGUCAGAGGUGGACAACGUGUUUGACACCAGCCUGAAGGACGUGCAGCCCUACCUGUACAAGAUCACUUACCAGAUCACAGACUCGCUGGGGACCUCCGUGAGCACCACCAUGAGAAGGCUUAUUAAAGACACACUGGCUUUGUGAGGAGCAGUGAGCCAUGAGCAACCAGGCAGCUGCUGCUGAGUUUAAACACAGACUGCCUGUGUGCUUUCUAACUGCUUUUCAGAACAUGCUUUAUUAUUAUAAAAAUGAAAAAAACUAUUCAGCAAAAUAAUACAGUGUACAGGAGCUGGGAUUUCAAUGGCCUUCUUAAUUUGUUGCGGUGAAUUGGAUUGGGUUUAGUUUUGUAAUGUCUCCAUUUACUUUCAGGACAGGCUGACGCAAGCUUCAGAAUCUCUUAGUACCUUUCCUUAUUGACCUUCAUAACUAAUGGAAAUGUUUCUAGGUUUCCAGAUUCCCCCGAGUCAAAUUAGCAUCCACAAAACACCAGAAUUAGGUUCUUGUCGCUUUGCCAAGGCCUGAGUCAUUUCAUCACAUGAAGCUAAAACAGCUAUAAAAAUAUCACUGUGGUCCAUAGCAACCAGUUAUUUUGCAAUGUGUUUGCUGUGGCUUUCUCGUGAUCCUCAGUUUAUGGUAGCUGUCCCCAGGUGGCAGUAUUUAUCAGUUCCUAGUUCUCCUGUUCUAUGUGGAAGUGUGGUCCACCUCUAAGCUUAGCCAGGGUUCCUAGUAGUUGUGCACUGAGAUGGUAUUCAGUAUCUUGAGAGACAACAGCACAUCUGUGAGACUUGUGACUCAAGCAACACACAAGCUUAUUUUAAGGACUGAAAAGUGUGCUUGCGUUGUUAAUAUCCCUGCGUAGAUCCUUUCUGAUCCUGUGUUCUGCAGUGACCAGGAUGACUUGACAGAGUAGCUUACAGAAGCACCACAUUGCAUGAGAGGGUUAGGAGAGCCAGAACCUAAAAUUAGAAAAUAACAUUGUUAUCUUCUAGGAUUUAUGAAUAUUAAUGAUUAUGAUUGAAUGGAGAUGUAACACUGCAAUGCUGUUUAAGAUGUGUAUCAGACAAUAUUUAUAAAGUUACUAAAUAAAUUUAGUAGGACCCAUUGUUUGCUGUCUGGUUUUUGACCUAGGAACAGAUGAGUUAUCAAGCCUCCACAUACUAGGAAACGGGAUGAGUAAUGAAGCUGGCAGCCACACACUCAUUCUCAGAACGUUAUUCCCUCGGCCCUUUAUUAGUAUCAGCUUUAGGAGGGGAAUUAGCAGUGCCUCCUUUUCAAAGAGAGAUCUGUAUCCGCUUCAUGCUUUAACUAUCUGAUUUGAAAUGAAAGCUGCUACAUUAAAAACCCCUAGAAAUGGAUCAUCCAAAACACUCAAUGGUAGAACAUGCAGUAAAACUGAAAGAAACUUUGACCAAUGUUUCGAAGAGCUUUACUAAGUUUUUUUUAGUUUUACUGUCCACAAAAAUAAAUAAAUAAAUAAAUAAAUGUGCAAACAGUAGGAGUCAAUACAAUGCAGUACAAUACAGCUUGCUUUAUAUAGCACUCUGCAUGCAGGAUAAAAACUCAAAAAAGCCACUGACCAAUCAGUCCAGCUCUAGAAUAAACCGAUUCAAACAGACAUGCUUUUACAUGUGAUUUAAGAGACUGGACUGUGCCAGCGUUCCUGAUCUGACUUGGAACGGAGUUAGCAGAGCAACCAAAGACCAUCGCUCCUCCUGAUUGUAGAUGACUUCUAGGAACUGCCAACAGUGCAGCCUUCGCUGAUCUACAGGUGCGACUCGGAGCCCAAGGGACCAACUGCUCUCUAAAUAAUAACGGCCCCAAACCAUGAAGGGCCUUAUAAGCAGUAAGUCUAUGAUCCACUCUCAGUAGAAAUAAAAACAAUGACACAUUCCCAAGUAGACUGAGAUCGAAGAGAAUAAAUGCACUGAAACACGAACAGGUGACUUGUUGGCUUUUAUUUCAGCAGCUAAGAAACCAAUGACAUGUACAGUAGAAAAAGCACUAACACAAAACACUGCAAUUUAUACCUUAAAAAAAACAGGACCGCUACUGCAAUCCGAGUCAUUACAAAUACGAGCAAGGUCAUUGCAGCGCUGUUAAUGUAGAAUAGUCUAAGGGGCUAAAGUAUAGAGUACAGAACGCUAGCACACAUGGCAUUAAACUCCUCCGCAGAACACAUUCAGUGUCUAAUAAUUGUUCAAAGCAUGUACUUGUAUAAGUGAACAAGAACUAACCUGAAACAAGCUUUUUAUAAAAAGUAUUCAUGAAAUCAACAAGUGCUUAGUAUCUCUAACGGGUAGCCUCUUAAUAAAAGUUUGCUUGUUUAAAGUCAGUGAUGUUUUCAGAUGUGUUUGUUUUUAUAAGUGCUAAUGGUCCCUGCAAGAUAUAAAAAUUGCAUAUUAAAAAAAAAAAAGAA